UAAAGCUUCUGUUUCCGUUUCCGGGUCCCUAAGAUCCUUCACAAACAGGUGAAAUGUUGACCCGACUGACGCGGUUUGGGCUCUCUUUGCCCCGGUCGCUCUAUAAUCCACCGGCUCGGUUCGUCUCCCAGUCAAAACCGAGCGGGGCCGCUGAUUCGACCGCUAUAACGGAGCUGCAUCAAGCCGCGGAGAAGGGUGGACACGGUGAGGUCAGCCCGUUUGUCAAGAAUCCAGAUUACCAUGGCUUCUCCAGUGACCCUGUGGUGGACGAGUGGAACAUGAGACUGGGCUUCUUCUUUGGCAUCUCAGUGGCUCUUGUUAUUGGAGGAACAUUUAUUCACUAUUUACCAGACCAUGGCAUGCGGCAGUGGGCCAGAAGGGAGGCGGAGCGUGUGAUCCAGCACAGAGAGAAGGAGGGUCUUCCUCUCGUAGACGAGCACUACUACCACCCAAACAGGAUUGUUCUCACCACUGCUGGAGAGAAGUAGGGUGUCCAACAUCCACCUACUGGAUUUCAUGAAUAUUGUAUUUCACUAUGAUCGAAUAAAUGUACUUGUUGAAUUGUGUAAA